UUUUUUCAAGGUCACCCGACCUCGUCGAACUUUUGGGUGGCUUUGCUGUUGGCAUAUUUUUGGAGAAAGAUUGUGUUGCUCAGCGCAGCCUCGGAGUUUAUUGCUCCUUGCUUUUUAGUUAGCGCUGAAACCUCCUUUAACCAGUAGUAUUUGCCAAAGACACAGACGUCGACAUGCUGGCCUGGACAUCUUGCCGUGCGGGAUGUUCGCUGACGCAGUCAGCCCUGCGUAGUAGAAUGGGCCAGCUGCCGGCAACACCAGCCGUAUCUGUAUUGACGAAGCGGUUCGUUGAAAAUUAUGUACGCGACAAGCCCAAUGUUAACAUUGGAACUAUUGGACACGUUGAUCACGGAAAGACAACACUCUCCGCUGCAAUCACCAAAUAUUUAUCCGAGAAGGGUCACGCAAAGUUCUCCGACUACGACAAGAUCGACAAGGCACCAGAAGAGAAGCGCCGUGGCAUCACAAUCAACCAGACGAUGCUGGAGUACACAUCCGAGACUCGUCACUACUGCCACGUGGACUGUCCUGGUCACGCUGAUUACAUUAAGAACAUGAUCACGGGUACGGCCGCUAUGGAUGGUGCCAUCCUAGUGGUGGCUGCCACUGAUGGAGCUAUGCCUCAGACCAGGGAACAUUUGCUUCUGGCCAGCCAGCUCGGAGUCAAGCACCUGGUCAUAUUUAUUAACAAAUGCGACAUCGUUGAGGACAAAGAAAUGAUUGAGCUGGUGGAGAUGGAGAUGCGCGAGCUGCUCGAGUUCCACAAGUUCAGCGAAGACACGCCGUUUGUGUAUGGCGCUGCCCUCCAAGCCUUGAAUGGCGAAGAGGGCGAGUACGGCAAGCCAGCUAUUGGCCAGUUGAUGGAGCAAGUCGACAACUAUAUCCCCACACCGAAGCGUGAUAUCGACAUGCCUUUCAUGAUGCCUAUCGAGUCCACUCACUCGAUUACCGGCCGUGGCACCGUUGUGACCGGUCGUGUCGAGCGUGGCCAGAUCAAGAAGGGAGACGAUAUCGAGAUCAUCGGCUAUGGACCAACCAAGAAGACAAUCAUCACAGGUAUUGAAAUGUUCCACAAAAACCUGGACAUUGGUCUGGCUGGUGAUCAGAUGGGUACCCUACUGAGAGGAUUCAAGAGAGAAGAGGUUCGUCGUGGAAUGGUGCUGGCUAAGCCCAACAGCUACAAGUCUGUCAAGUUUGCCCGAGUCAAGAUCUAUGUGUUGAAGAAGGAAGAGGGAGGUCGUCACAAGCCAAUGACAAAGACAACUUCGGGGUUGCUUUUCUUCAGCACAACAUCAAUGGCUGCCAAAUUCAAGUUCCAAGAUGACCAGGAGAUCGUUCUCGGCGGUGAGGACAUCGAGGCCGUGGUUCGCCUGCGUGCACCUGCCAUGGCAGAGGAAGGACAGCGCUUCACGGUGCGAGAGAGCGGCAAGACCAUCGCCACUGGCGUCUUCACGGAGAUUCUGGCCGACGAUUUCGACGAAGUACCCGAGGACGAACAGUUAGUGAUGAAGUAAACACCCCACCAACAUCGUCCCUCUUUUAACAACACCUCUUUAGCUCUGCCGACACCAAUACCACUCCGCUUACAACAUUUCUCUUUUCAAUCUAUUGCAAUGAUGACUCUGAACAUGACGCUUUUAUAGAAUUGAAUUAAUCGACCGCUGAUGAAGAAUGCAGCCAGGUGCACACUGAGUAACAGCCAAAGCAAGCGAUAUCAGCAGUAGCAGCAGCAUGUUGCCUGUCCCACCAUGUUCUUGCCCGUGCCUGCCCUUAGCUCUGUUGGGCUGCCAGCAGCCCUUGGGUUUGGUAACUGCUUGGCUCCGCACACGGCCUGUGCUGCCGCUGAGAUGGCCUGGUGCUCCUCGUUGGUAAUAUAAUUAUAAUAAAGCAGUGGUGAACGGCG